AUGUCUCGAGUGCUCUCUCAGCAGGUUGGGAGCAGUCUCUCCACUUCAAAAAUGAAUAGCUUGAUGACUUCAACUUGCAAUUCAAACAAAACCCAGAGAGGGUUCGGAGUUGAGGUAACAAGUGAUCUCGUAUGGAAACAUUGGGAUGUCGGUGGAGAUUAUGCAAAAAAAAUUAUUGUAAAAAAUGUGAGCACAGAGGUAGUGGAGGUCAAAUAUGAGUUACCGAAAUCAAAAAACUUCUUUAUGGGAUUUCCAGAGCCAUCAAAAAUAAGUCCUGGUGUGUCUGUGGCCUUUGAGAUUCGAUUCCGACCUACGGAACGAAAAAAUUACAAUGACACAGUGAAAUUAACCGUUCUGAAAAAAGGAGAUUUGACUGUGAAUAUUUCAGCAUUACUACCAAAAGCACUUUUGGAUGUUCCUAAUAACAUUGAUUUGGGUUUUUGCCCUACAAUGGAAACAACACGAAAAGAAUUUGAGAUGGUAAAUAUUGGGGAGACAUCAUUUGAAUUCAGUUGGUCACUCAAGCCUCCUUUUGCUUUUAAGCCCUCUUAUGGAAGGUUAAAUGUUGGAGAAGCAUUAACCGUGCAUGUAUUCUUUUCUCCUAAGGAUGCUUCUUCAUAUGUGUCGACAGCAAUAUGUAAACUUUCUUCUGGAGAUGCAGUCUCAAUGCAAUUACAGGGAGUAGGAAAGAUUGCUCACAUCAUUGCAAAUGAAACAAACAUUUCAUUCGGAAAAUCGCCAAUAGAGGCUCCUUCAAAAAGAGUUAUUAGCCUCAAAAACACAUCAUUAGUUCCUGCAUCGUUUUCUAUUAAGAAAGUUGAAAAUGAUUAUGUAGAGGAUGUAUUUUCUUUUGAACCUAAAAGCCAAAUUUUACCUCCCGGUGCCACAACAAACAUUACUGUCACAUAUCUUCCCUCGACGAUUGAUUGUUUUGAUUGUAACAACUACACCAUAUCAACUCCUGGAGGAAAUCCUAUUCGAUUGACUUGCUCAGGUUAUGGAGUUGGCCCAGAAUUAAUUAUUUCACCAAUGUCUAUCAAUUUUGGAGACGUUCUCGAGGGAAAAGAGGUAAAGCGAUUAAUUACUCUGGAAAACAAGUCGAAUAUGGCAGCAGAAUAUAACUUUAAAGUGGAUACAGAAGGUACCUUUAAAUUUGAGAGAAACUGUGGAGUCGUACCUGCAUAUCAGACCAGACAAAUAACUGUGACGUUCAUUCCGAACUUACCAAUUAAUUACUACAGAAGGAUUUUUAUUGUUGUUAAGAAUCAGGGGGUGACAUUUAUUGAUUUGCUUGGAACAGGCUAUAACGAUUCAAGAAGACCUCCACCAUUUUCGAUUAAAGAGGUCUAUUUAUUUAAAGAAAGAGUUUACAAAGGAUUGCCAGCAUACUCACCCAGCGAAAUUGAAAAUUAUUUAGAAUUGUCAGAAAGUGGAAGACUUGAUACCUUGUCUGCAGAAGAGCGAGAGAAUGUAUCUAAUUUAACUCAAGUGUUAAGCAAUACAACAUCUACUACCGACCUCAUUAGAGACAAUAUUGAAAACACUCUCAACGAGUUCUUUAAUUUAGUUACAGACUAUGACAAUCCUAUUUCAAUUAACUACAGUAGCAUUUCUUUUGGAAGCUGUUCUCGGUUUAAACUUGCAGAAUAUAAGACAGUAACAAUUUCCAACAGAACAAAUGGCAAAAUUACCUGUGAUGUACAAAUUCCGAGUUAUGAAGGAGCUCCUUCCCCGUUUGUUGUAUUCCCAGAAAGUGUUGACAUUAAGCCAAUGAGCACUUUUUCAUUCAAAAUUGGAUUCAGGCCAAGCUAUGACAACCAAUUUUUCAGCAACGAAAUUGAAUUCAUAUGCUAUUUCAAAUCAAACAGAAGUUUUAGACUGGUAAAUUCACAAACAUUUGUUCCUCCAUGGGUCCUACCUCUCAAAGUAUUUGGUAACACCUUCAACAACACAGCAGCCUUCAUUCCAAGAUUUACUCUACAACCUUCACAUGUUACCUCAUUUCCUCCUUGCCUUACAAAUGACUCCACCUAUAGAUCCUAUACUAUUUAUAACGAAAACGACAUUCCUAUGCCAUUUGAGUUCCUGGUCACCACGGAACAGAGAAGAUAUUUCACAUGUUAUCCUGAAAAUGGAUUGGUUCCACGAAACUCCUUCCAAAUCAUUGUUUUUAAAUUUUCUCCUUCCGAGCCAGGAUCAUACCAAGAUACAAUCAAAUGCAUUUUCAAUGACUCUCCAAAUCACACAGUGACAAUACCAAUAUUUGGAAUGAGCUUCUUGCCAACUAUUAGCUUUGGAAAGGAUGGAAAAUUGUUUUUCAAACCAACGCUUAUUGGUGCUUCAUCGGUUAAAGAAUUGACUCUCCACAAUCCUUCAAGAAUUCCAAUUACCUAUGAAUGGGAUAUUCCAAAAGACUUUUCAUCUGUAUUUAGCGUCUCAAGGAAAACAGGAGUGUUGAACGGCAACGAAACUCAGAAAAUUGUUUGGACAUUUGCUCCUAACCUUAAAAAAGUCUAUUCCAUCAAGAUUCCUUGUAUUGUUUCUAGCGUGGCAGAAAUUAACAGAGAAAGCAUCAAGUCCAGAUCUUAUCUCAUACUUUUGGGAGAAGGAAACAAUGCCGGAAUAACAGUAGAACCUUCCAACAUAGAUUUUGGAAAUGUUUUGGUCAAUGAAAAAGCAGCCAAGACAUUGACACUUCUCAACUCUAGUGAUUGUGAUUUACCUUUUGAAUUAAUCAUACGAGAAAAUGUCAAUGGAGACUUUGUACCAAGCGAUUCUGGAGUGCUUGAGUGUGAAACGAUGAAAGGAACAGUGCCUUCUAGAUCUCACAGGCACGUUCAAGUGUUUUAUAGACCCAAUCAAAGAAAGCUGGACAAGUUCACAAUAUUCUGCUCUUUGAACCUAAUCAGAGAAGUUAGUACCAUGACAGAGGACCAAAUUUUAUCUCUUCAAAGAUGUGAAGUUGUUGGAAUUGGAUCAUUCCCCCAACUUGGAAUUACAGACAUUCAAUCAGCAUCUACAUCAAAAGUUGAUCUUUGGAGCCAAUUUUCUGUCAAUUCUAUUAACAAGGAGCUCAGACAAAACACUAACUCUUAUCAAAUUGAAUCAAGUAUUACAAACUUUAACUCUUCCAUCCAAUAUUUAGAAAAAUAUUACUGUGAUUUUGGAGCUAAACCUGUAGACUCUGAAGACACGAUUAUCUACGUUACAAUUGAAAAUAUUGGGAAAAUUAGGGCACAAUUCUCGAUUACAACUCCAUUCGACUCGAUUGUUGAUGUUGAUAAAUGGGCACAUGAUCAAGUCGCAAAGGAUGAGGACGAAUUACGAGCGUUGAGCAUUUUUGUAAAUAAGCUUUUUGAAAUUUAUCCAAACCAAGCAACUCUUGAACCUGGAGAAAGUGUUAUGAUAGCCUUAAUAUAUAGACACAAAGUUGUUGAUACUCAUGAAAUACCAAUAUUAUUUCAGAUACGAAAUGGAAGAUGCUUUACAGUAUAUCUAACUGGAAGAACUCUUUCAUAUCAACAAAAACAUUUGCAGUUCGGAAGCAUGGAACAUACACUUGAAGAUCAAGAAAUUGGCUCACAAAAUCACCCAAUACAGUAUUUAAAGGUAAUCAAUCCAACAAAUCAAGACAUUGAAAUUUGUGUGGAUGAACAGCCAUUUAAACAGCUAGCUCUUGAAAAUUAUGAUUUUGAAAUUAUAUCCUUGGAGAAUAAGAAGAGUAUUGUUCCUGCUAAUCACUUCAUUUAUCUUAGACUCGUGUUCCGACCAAUCGAGCUUAAAACAUAUGAAAUAUGCCUUCCUAUUCAGAUGAUGAAUUCUGAUCUUGUUUACAACCUCACUUUGAGAGGGAAAGGAGUCGAAAGAAUAUGCAAACAAUUAGAAUCUGAUGAAGACACGCAGAUUGUAAAGCAUGUACCAACUGAGGUUCAGAAAAUUCAACAACAAAGAUAUCCAAUGCAAACUGUUGCAUUCUCGAUGGAGAUAUUUGAUUUUGACUCUAUUCCUUUCCUCUCAGUUCACACCAGAAUUGUCAGCAUUUCCAACCUUUCAUCAGAUACUCUUUCUUUUUCUUGGAACACAAUUCUACCUCUUGAUGAUAAUAAUCUUUCUUCCACUAUUAAGAUUGAACCUUUAACCUCCGUACUUCAACCACAGGAAACGAAAUAUUGUAAAAUCACUCUCUAUGCAGGCUCCAUUUCACAACUUGUUAAUUGCGACAUUUACUGUGAGGUGAAUAAUAUCAGCAAAAAAGAAAGAAAAGAGCAGAGAAAAAAGAAGUACGAAGAAACUCUUGUUCAUUAUGCAAAGGAUGAUGAUAUUUCUGAUCAAGUUAGUGAAAAAAGUAUUUUGUCCAUUAAGGAGCAUUUUGCAAAUCCAAAAAAUAGACUCAACAAAGGCAGAAUUAUUCCAAAACCAGUUACAAAGAAUACUACGAAGAGAGAAUCAGUUAUUAGCAAGAGUACAAUCGCUAGAGAUAAUGCUUUAACAUUGUCAGCAUAUACAACCUCAAUUCCAAGAUAUCUACCAGUCUCUAAAACCAUUACCAAACAACCUGUACUUGAACGACCUUCUUCCGCAACAACAGACAAGUUUGGACUUCAACCUGUGAUACCAACAAAGCAUUAUUUAACGAUCAAAUGUAAGGUCAUACCACUUGAAGAGUUCAAAUAUGGUCCAACAACAAGAGAGAAAUGGGAAGAAGAGUUUAUUCCUCCACUUUAUGAUAAUGAAUUCAAGAUUGAUCAUAGACCAACAUCCUCAUUGUCAGUAACCUCUAGUAUGGAUAGAAACAUGUUCUCGGAUAUACUUUCAGGAAUGCUUCAGGAUAUUAUGCAUGAUAAUGAUCUCGAACAAUCUCUUGCUGAAGUCAAUAAGUGGGAUGCAACAGCUUCAAGCUUGUUUUAUUGUGAAUUUGCAGAAACGCCGAGAUCUAGCAGACCAUCAUCGGCCUUGCCAAAGACAGACUCUACAUCAAAAAUUACAAAUCAACCUCUUAAUAUCUCAUCCUUUACAGAAGCAACAAAUGAUCUUAUUCCUUCUACUGUGGAGAGUUCCAUUCCUGGCAGUAAACUUGAAACUCGCGAAGAAGAGAGAUCAUCAUUCCAAGAGCACUUCAUUCAAGACCCUAAAUUUCAAAAAGUUCUGGAGUGGAUAUUGGAUGAGACUUUGUUUAAGAUUGUUGGAGAAAUUUCAAGUGAUGUUGCAGUAGUGAUGUAA